CAGCAUAAUCCUUCAGAAAUUAUUAGAAAAUAAACAAAGGUUCCAGCUGUUUUUAUUUGUAUAAAAAGAAUUAAAGAAUUCAUGUAAAAUUGUAAAGCAUUAUUAAAGUUUAGGAAAUGUGAUCCAGUCUGUGUUCAAUUAAAAUGCUAUUUCUUGUUUCAUAAAGUAAAAACUGAAGCUUACAAAUGAGCAGUCCUUCCAGACUGGCAUAGGAUUUAAGAUUUAUUUUUGUGCCAAUUAUUUGGAACAAUAUUGUGUAAAUGUCUGUCUCUUUGUGUGUUUUACGUAUAGAAAUUGAUGAAGAGCUACCCGAAAUGUGCGAUUCUGUAGCUGAAAAAGAAACAGCCAAAGAGCUAAAGAAACGAGACAGGGGUGCUCGGGACUCCAAAACAAUCACAGUGGAGACAUAUGCCAGUGUCCUUAUUGGUCCAAACACUGACACUGGCAUCCUGCCCACUAGCUCUAGACGGCCACCUCAAGAGACUAGCACAUCAGAGGAUAUUGAAUCUAUAAGUUUCUUCUGCGGUAACCCUUUAGUUGAAGUUACUAAAGGGAUCCUACAUCUUUAUAAAGAAAAUGAGCUAAAAGAAGCCGAGGAGGCCAAGACACUGUGUCUGCUGUCAGUGCCCGGUGCUCUGGGGGCCCCUGAUCUGCUGGCGUUUGCUGCAGCCUGCCAAAAUGACAUCUCACAUGUCAGAGUGUUGAGGGAUGGCUCACCAGACCAUUAUAUGGCACUGCUCACGUUCCGUACGUGUCAGUCAGCGCGCGAGUUCCACGCAGCGUUCUCCGGUGUUCCGUACAGCAGCCUGGAGCCGCACGCGCUGUGCCACAUGGCGUGGGUGUCGCGCGUGGAGUGGGCGCGCCACGGCAGCCCGCCCGCCUCGCACACGGAGCUGCCCACCUGCCCUGUCUGUCUAGAGCGCAUGGACGAGAGCGUGGCCGGCGUGCUGAGCGUACAGUGCUCGCACGCGUUCCACGCGGAGUGCCUAGUGCGAUGGCGCGACGCGCGCUGUCCCGUGUGCCGAUGUGCGCAGACGCCCGAGCCGCGGGAACACGCGCUCUGUAUGCAGUGCGAGAGCGACAGCACCGCCGCAGAGGGCGAUGGUGAUGAGUCGAAGGAAGCGUCGGGGAUAGCGGAGGGUCUAGAAGCCGGGUCUCUGUGGAUCUGUCUCAUCUGUGGACAUGUUGGAUGCGGCAGAUAUGAAAAAGGGCAUGCAGCCAAACAUUUCCUUGCUUCAAAUCACACAUACGCAUUGCAAUUAGGUUCAAAUAGAGUUUGGGAUUAUGCAGGGGACAAUUUCGUUCACCGUUUGGUCCAAAACAAGGCGGAUGGUAAGCUGGUAGCGGCUGAUGGGGGGCUCGCGGCGGACGCGGCGUGCGGGGGGGAGAAGCUGGACUCCGCUCAGUUGGAGUUCACGUACAUACUGACGCAGCAGCUCGAUAGCCAGCGGAUGUACUACGAGGAGAAAAUCGCACAGUUAGAGUGUGAGCACACUGCUCAACACACCGCCGCGGAGGAGCGCGCGCUCACGGCCGAGACGGAGUCGACGGCGCUGCGCCAGCGGGUCUCUGCGCUGGAGCGGGAGAACAAAACCCUCGAGCGCAAGCUGAGCCAUCUCACUAGCAAAGUGUCGUCGCUACAAAACGAAGCGUCGGAGGAGCGCGGGCUAGCGGCGGCGUUGGCCUCGUCACACAAGCAGUGGCAGGAGCGCGCGCAGCAGCGGGAGGAAGCCUUCCUCGCAGAGGUGGCUGAUCUGAAAGAGCAACUCCGCGACGUGAUGUUCUUCGUGGAGGCGCGUGGACAGUUGGAGAAGGUGGAGGGGACCACGCAAGACGAGAUCGCAUCCGCCAGCGUCACCGUGCAACCGCCCGUCAAGCCACGUCGCAGACGACGGUAGACUGAACUUUUCACACAAGGGACUUUUUACGUCAUUCAUCAUCAUUAUCAACCGAUAGACGUCAGCUAGACCCCUCUCUUAGGCUACCAGUCCACCAAAGUGGAGCGUGGCAGCGGAGACGAGUAACGGAGAAAUAUUAACCAAUAGGAUUGCACAAAAUCUCCGUUCCUGUUAAGUGGACAGGGACUUUUAUAUAAAACCAGUAAGCGGUGCGGGAAACGGAGUGGGGUUAAAUAAAUUAAAUUUAACAUUUUUCAUUUAUUUUAACUCUGCUCCGCAACAGACGGUGGACAGACACAGUAAGCAAACUCCGCUCCGCAUUACUCUGUUUCUCCGCUACGCUCCCUCGGUCUGCUUUGGUGGACAGACAGCCUAAGCGUCUUCUUCUUCUUCUUUUUCCUUGGCCUUUUCUGCACUUGGCCUUAGGGUCUUCCAAACAACAUGGCUUUGAGCCGCCAGCAUCCAGCAAUAAUAAUUGGGGCCCUAACGUCCAUCGGCUCUUCGAAGUAUAUGCCCCGCCCAUUGCCACUUCAACCAACUCGUUGAAGAAUGUCGGUGAUUUUGGUUCUUCUGCGGAUCUCAUUUCUGAUUCGAUCACAUAGAGAUAAUCUGAAAAAGCUCGCUUUUCGCUCGAUUGACUGAUGAUAAAGACUCUGACCCUUUUUACAUAAUACAUCCAUAUCUGUACUAAUAUUAUAAAGAGGUAAAGUUUGUGAUAUUGUAGGGUAUCUACUGAAUCUCUGAACCGAUUGUGGAAAUUCUUUCACCAUUCGAAAGCUAUAUUUUAUACCCGUAUUCUCGCGAGAACGGGAAAUGCGCGGGCGUCGGCUAGUAAGGGUUCAUUUACACGAGCAGCACAUUGCCAACAGCAGCUGACAACUGCUACCGACGACUGCAGUCGACUGCCGUUGACUGCUGUUGAGUGGCGCCGAGACGUCUCGUUGCUGCUCGUGUAAAUGAACCCUAAUGGAAUAAAGAGCAGUAAAGACCUACUUUCUUAAAAUAAUUCAAUUGCAAUCUAGGCCUGAAUUACGCACUAUGACAUACUCGUAACUCGAGACGAGAGAAAUAAUUAAUGUCUCUCUAUUUCGCUACGUAGGGGCGAAAGAGAGAUUAAUAUUUCAACUUCAUCAUUAUUUGUCGACAACGUUUUACAUGUUUGACAUUACAGGCUUCUCAGAGUAUGAUAUUAAAAAUCUUAUUUUUUUUAAAUACUUAGUAGUAAACUUUGAAAGAUAUAAUUAAACUCUACAGUUGAUUCAAAUCCUUUGAACUUUCGUACACAAAGUUUUUAUUGGUCUAUAUGGGAAUUCUUUUUUUUAAUUUUCGGUUAAGGUUUCUUUAAACUUGAAAAGUCCAUAAAGCUAUGCAGUAUUGUUGCGCAUUGCUUUACGCUUAUUUGGUACAUGAGUAGGGUAGGGUAGGGAUCAAGCGAAGCUUGACCGAGUUCGCUACAGUUCGUGCGCUGUAGCAAGGUGCGGGUGACAGUUCGUUUCACGCUUGAAAGUUUGCCGCGCUUCACGAUAAUAGUAUGUAUUAUGAACGUCAUAAGGCAACUGUCGUCCGCACCAUGCUACGGCGCACAUAGUAUAGUUUUAAAUAGUUCUGUAUGUAAAAUACCUUGAAAGUAGUCAAAGGGUUUGGAUUCGAAUUGAAAGGCGGCGUCUAAACCUAAAUUAUUAUUUUUUGUAUUUCUGUCUGUUUGUAUAUAAACAUAAUUAUUAAUAUUAUAGAAAGAUAUUUUUAUUAAGCUAAAAUAAAUUAGUACAAAAGUU